AUGUUAGGACGGCUGGAAAUGGGUGUCGAUGAGUGUAUCCUGGCAUACACCGAAUUGAUGGAAUCGGUUUUCAGCGAGAAACUCAACAAAGUCCCGGUUGACUGGUCUGGAAAGAUUGUAUCGCAAUUUGACAGUCAGAGACUCAAAAAGGCCAUUGAAAAUGUUAUCACGCGUGCUGGGUUGUCGCCAACCGACCCGAUGAAUGAUGGCAAGCCCCGUCGCUCUAAAACGUUUGUAUGCACAACUUCCAAAGAUACACUCCAAGUCACACGCCUUCGAAGCUAUUCCGUGCCAAAUGAGAUGGUGUUACCGGCGACGAUCUGUGAAGCAGCAUUGGCAACAUCGGCCGCAACCAGGUUUUUUGAUUCGGUUUCGAUCGGGAAUCAACAAUUUGUCGAUGGUGCAUUCGGUGCCAAUAACCCCAUUGAGGAAGUAGAGGAGGAAGCGGCUGAUAUAUGGUGUACUACCAGCCGGGCCCUAAGACCGUUGGUGAAGUGUUUGGUGUCUGUUGGAACUGGCAAUCCUGCACAACUCCCCAUGAAUGACAAUGUUCUCAAGUUUCUCUCAAAGACAUUAGUCAGAAUGGCGACAAAACCCGAGAGCACUGAGCGUCGUUUCAUGGCUCGAUGGAGCAAUGAGGUAAAGGGUAAACGUUACUUUCGUUUCAAUGUCGAGCAAGGAUUACAGCAAGUUCACAUGACCGAUUAUGAAAAGCAAAGUGUCAUUGAGUCUGCUACAUAUGCCUAUUUGCAUCAUUCCUCGCAGAAGAUCCAAAUUCGCGAUUGCAUUCUCAAUCUUUCAGAAAAGCAAGGAAAGACUAGCAUUGAUUUUGAAACAAAUAUACGGGAAUAUGAAGCUCGAGUUACUCGCCAUCGAAUCUUGCAAACCAUCCAGUCGUCAGACAACCCUUUCGGUUCCAAAAGCCCCCUGAUUGUGGGCAAGGUAAAGCGCAGACUUUUUAGCUCCAACCAAGCUGAAAGAAUUGCUAUUGUCGGCCUUGGAGGGAUAGGCAAGACACAGAUUGCCCUUGAGCUUGCCUAUCAAACACGAGAGAUCUAUCCGGAUUGCGCCAUUUUCUGGCUUCCUGUGGUUGAUAUGGAAAGUCUAGAACAGGCAUACCAACCUAUGGCCGAACAGCUUGGAAUCGGCCUGAAUGAUAGGAAGGAGGAUCUGAAGAGCCUUGUCAAAGAUCAUCUGAGCAAACCAAGCACUGGAAGAUGGUUGCUAAUUUUUGACAACGCCGAUGAGAUUGAUAUGUGGGCGGAGAGCAAAAGUUCGAAGUCUGGAGGUCUAAAAGAUUACCUUCCCACAAGUGAUCAAGGUGUCAUUCUCUUUACCACUCGAAGUAACAAAGUCGCCCGAUAUCUUGCUACAACCGAUAUUAUCAGAAUCUCGGAAAUGAAUGAGCAAAAGGCUACUCAUGUCUUGCGAAACUCGUUGGUUGACAAAGAGGUUCUUCACGACACGGAGAGUACUCGGAAGCUUCUCAGCCGCUUGACUUUUCUCCCUUUGGCUAUCGUGCAAGCUGCUUCAUUCAUCAACGAGAACGGCACCACACUGGCCGGUUAUGUGGAGCUUUUAGAUGGAAAGGAGCAGAGCGCUAUUGACCUUUUGAGCGAGGACUUUGAAGAUAAAGGUCGCUACAGAAGUAUUCGAAAUCCUGUUGCGACCACCUGGCUUACAUCUUUUGAGCAAAUCCAAAGACAAAAUUGCCUAGCUGCCGACUAUCUCUGCUUUAUGGCCUGUAUGCAAGAAAAGGAUAUACUGGUUUCGCUUCUUCCUCCGGAUUCGACUAUCGACCAGCAAAAAGCGAUUGGAUUGCUCAGCUCUUAUUCAUUCAUACGCCUAAGGAAUGAGGAUUCUCGCCUUGACAUGCAUCGUUUAGUCCAUCUUGCAACAAGAAACUGGCUACAGUCAAUCGGUUCCCUACGACAAUGGCAAUUACAGGCGUUGUCUGGUUUAGCCACUCGCUUCCCUAGAAUAGACAUCAUACAUCGGAGUGAAUGGCGAGCGACGGUACCUCAUGCCCUGCGGGUACUCAAUCUGACCACAGGAGAAGUUCCUGUUCCCGCGAGACUUCAAGUCUUACUCAAUGUAGCCGAAAGUCAAAUGUUUGAUUGGAGAUUCAAAGAAGCUGAGCUGCCUUACAGUCAAAUUGUGGAAGUUUCGGAAGCAAUGUUUGGACCCGAAAACACAUGGUCUAUUCGAGGCCUUAUAGGACUGGCAAAGAGCUACUUGUGGCAAAGGAAGAUAAAGCAAGCAAUUGCAUUGUGCGAGGAGGUGCUAGAGAUUCAGACAAGACUCCACGGUUCCGGUAGCUUUGCAGCAAAUCAAGCUCUUGUUGACUUGUCAGAUACCUACCACACAGCGGGUGACCUCAAGAAAUCUCAAGCUCUUUACAAGAAGGUCAUCCCGUACUUUCUCAGAACACUGGGCCCUGGUUGCGACGCGACGAUAAACCUGAUCACUCGUCUGGUCAUGAGCUACCACUACAAUGGACAUCUCUCAGAUGCGACGGAGUUAUCUGUGCAAUUGUUGCAUAUCACCAGACGAAUCUCGGGACCGGAGCAUCCUGGGACACUCACAGUCAUGAAUGGGAUGGCCAUAAUAUACAUGCAGCGAUGGCGACUAAAAGAGGCUGAAGCGUUAUUUACAGAGGAACUUGAGAUCGAAAAACGCAUAUAUGGGCUUGAACACCCUAUCACAAUUGCAACAAUGGCGCUGCUAGCUACUACAUGGAAAGAACAGGGAAGACGAAAGGCCGCAAUUGCCUUGAUGACGGAGUGUGUUUCCUUGAGUGGGCAAGUCAAUGGUUUUGAUCAUGCCUCGACCCAGACAACGUAUUCUAAGCUCGAGGAAUGGAAAAAUCCCACGUGA